AUGAUAUGCUUAUUCUUCCUGUUUCUGGCUGAUAUCAGUGUAGGAAUCCUUGCAUUGGUGUACAGAAGUAAGCUUUCUUCUGUCGAUUCGAAUUUCGGCGAGAAUUUGAAAAGUCUCCUUUCAUUCUCUUAUGGGGUCUCAAUGGAAAUCGACAGCAAUCGCCAGGUCACCGCAAUGAUCGAUAAGCUUCAAUUUUAUGAAGAAUGCUGCGGUGUAGUAUCCGGCGAUGACUAUCUGGCCAGUAGGUGGAUGGCUUCGGUGGCGUCUGAUCCCGCCUACGAGCAUGAUGAUCCUCCUCUCGUGCCCACGUCCUGCUGUCGUCAAAUAAAUGGGGCAUCUGCUUUAAAUCCAGUGGCCAGGAGCAUGGCUCGAUGUCAACAACCCACUCCAAACAAGAUGUGGAGACAUAUGAGUGGAUGUCAUGAGAAGCUCCUUGGAUGGUUGGACGAACAGACUCGCGUAUUUGCCAUUGUUGGCUUCAGUUUUGCUGCUCUCAUGGUAGAGUUUGAUCAGUUAUUGGCUAACCUUUCGGGUCGUUCAUCUUACUCUUAG